AUGUGGCUUCAGCAAGGUGGAAAACAAGCAGACGAUGCACCAUACUUCAUUAUUAACAAAGAAGCCCCUUUCCCCAAUCCAGCACACAGCAAAAGCACUGAAUGGCUUCCACUAGUUUCAGACGCUUUUCUUCUCCAGAAGAAGCAAGCAUUUGGCUAUUUCAAGACCACAAAGGAUAUGUCAUCAGUGUGCAAGGAACACUUUUUGAGAAGAAGUGGGGUGAAGAUGCCUGUCUUCAUGAGGUUUUUCACCGCCACCUUCGGGCGAGAAUUUCCCGAUUCCGGUAGAAACUCUCGAGGUAUGGCUAUUAAAUUUUACACUGGUGAGGGCAAUUACGAUAUUGUGGGCCUGCAGCCAGUAUUCUGUUGCUGGGGCCUCAUUCAGGGGCUGGAUGUGAUCCGCUCCCAAUCAUGGAAUUCUCAGAACUUCCUUUUGGAUUAUAAUCCCGUGUUUGAUCUUUUGGCAAACACCCUGGAAGGCAGUUCACUUGAGAUGAAGCUGUCUUGUAUGAGUGAUGUAGAUCCAGAUUACUUAGAAUGUGAUUUGUGGUCCACCAUUGAAAAAGGAGAGCAGAUUUCAUGGGCUGCCCAUGUUCAGAAAAUGAACCCAGAGGAAGCCGAUCCUGCGAAGCUGUGGUUUACUCCCUUUGGUGUGACAAAAGUCUGGCCCCGGAAACGCUUUCCGAUGCACGAAUUCGGCAAGCUUGUUCUGAACAAAAAAUCCCGAAAACUACCAUAG